AGCUGCAGCAAUACAGAUGAGUAACAGCACCACACAGCACCAGCUCAGUGCUACUGCUCCGCUGCGGUAAGCAGGCCAGGAAAGGGAGACCGAAAAUACAUCUGAGCCUGUUCCACGUAAAACAAAAAGCACAUCUUCAUCCAUCCACCCCUCCGCUUUCCCUCUGCCGUUUAAAACUCAUCCUCACCGACAUGUCGUAGGCAGGAGGGACAGGACCUAGAGAACAGCUGCCCGCAAGGGUUUCCAUGCGGUGUGGAGACCCCCGGGGCAGACUGAGCACCCAUGGGCGCCGCCUUUAGGACCGCGGGCGCUGCAAGAUGGAGGCCGAGCUGAACCCAGCGGCGCAGGCGCAGCAGCAGGAGGAAGAGGGAGGGUGCUGCGGGGUCCGGGUUCGCCCGCUUGGACAGCCUCUGCCUGGCGCUCGGCGGCGAUGGGCAAGCGGGUAGCCCUGGUUCUCGCCGGCUGCGGCGUCUUCGAUGGCAGCGAGAUUCACGAGGCCUCGGCGGCGCUGGUGCACCUCAGCCGCGGCGGCGCAGAGGUGAAGAUAUUUGCCCCCAAUAUUGAGCAAAGGGAUGUAGUCAAUCACCUAAAAGGAAGUCCAACAGAAGAGAAGAGAAAUGUGUUAGUUGAAAGUGCCAGGUUGGCAAGAGGAAACAUUCAGGAUUUGGCUGAACUGAAAGCUAGUGAAUUUGAUGCAGUCAUUUUCCCUGGUGGUUUUGGUGUAGCAAAGAACCUGUGUUCCUGGGCUGUAGAUGGGAAGAACUGUACUGUCAAUGAGCAUGUGAACUUCACACUCCAAGCUUUCCACAGUGCUAAAAAGCCCAUUGGUUUGUGCUGCAUAUCACCAGUUCUGGCAGCUAAAGUCUUUCCUGGUUGUGAGGUUACAGUUGGCCAAGAUAAAGAUGUAGAUGGAAGAUUUCCUGAUGCUGAAACGGCAUCUGCUAUAGUCGAGCUUGGAUGUAAGCACAUUUGCAAAAAUGUAAAUGAAUCCCAUGUGGACAAAGCCAAUAAAAUAGUUACUACCUGUGCUUUCAUGUGCAAGGCUCCUCUGCAUGAAAUCUUUGAUGGAAUUGGAACAAUGGUACAGGAAGUCCUGAAACUUGCAUGACUGGAAGCAUACAGACUUCUACAAGGAAAUCAAUUUAGCUGAGCAUAAGCAUUUAGCUUCCUUUGAAUGUAGUAAUAAAAUAAUGCAACUACUAAACAUCACA